CCCGUAUAGAGUUUAUGCCUGCAAGCGGUCACUCACACUCGCGCCAUACCAGUCACUCUCUUCUAAGCUUCAGAAGCCAUGAAAGCACCAAGCUUAUGCUAACCUAAUCAGGACCACAAUGCUCAGAUAACAUCUCCAAUUGCCUGAAAUCACACCCCCAACCCCAGAAAAAUGAGAUAUUUACGGUUCAUUUCCCCGCAUUUUUCUCGUAUUCACAAAACCCUAAACCCCCAAAGCCCUCCUCUAUCCUCUCUCCAAUCAAAGUCCCAGAUUAGUUCUCAUUUCGUGUGCAAUUACACCACCGCUGCACCGGAGCAACGGCCACCUCCGUCCGAGACGGUAUCGGCGAUCGCGGAUGAGAUCUCGGCCCUGACUUUGCUCGAAGUCUCGGACCUCACGGAGGUUCUGAGGGAGAAAUUGGGCAUAAAGGAGAUGCCAGUGAUGGCGAUGAUGAUGCCGGGGAUGGGAUUUGGCGGUUUGAAAGGCGCCGGCAAAGGUGGUCCGGCGGCGGCUAAAGGCGAGGAGAAGGUGGAGAAGACGGCUUUUGAUGUAAAGCUCGAUUCUUUUGAUGCUGCAGUAAAGAUCAAAGUGAUUAAGGAGGUGAGGACGUUUACGAGUUUGGGGCUGAAGGAGGCCAAGGACUUGGUGGAGAAGGCGCCUACGCUGUUGAAGAAGGGGGUUACAAAGGAGGAGGCAGAUUCGAUUGUCGCGAAGAUGAAGGAAGUUGGUGCCAAAGUUUCUAUGGAGUGAGGGGGAGAGAAGAAUGUAGAAGUUCAACGUUCAGGUGGCAAAUUGUUAAAAAAUGUAGAGUAGCAAAUUAGUGGUUCAUCACACUGGAUGUGCAAUUGACAUAGUCUCAUAGAAGACUACUGGAGAUCUUCAUGAUGCAAAGCAAUCUUUAGUAGAACUGCUUUGCUUAUCUUUCUUCGAGUUAGAAUAAUGUAUUUGCGGAAGCUUUGUUUCAUUUUUUUUUUUAAACAAUCAAUCCUUUCAGUUACUUCAUUACUUUUACAAACCAACAGUUGUAGACCUAGCAUUUUGAUAAUAGGUUCACAGAGUUGAGGUUUAUGAUAUGUACUUUGCAUGUUUCUCCAAACCAAAGAUAUUCCGACUGCCAAGAACAUUUUUACAACUUGACCUUGAUCCAUGUCUACACCUCAAAUUAUAACCUGAUCCAACCUAGAGAAAUGCCAUUGACUUUGUAGACCUUUUCAUGCUGCAGUGAGCUCAACUUUGUCCUGUUCUUGAACAAUGUCUGCAAUCUGGCAACCUUCUCGAAGUGAUCACAAAACAAGGCUUUUCAGUUUGGGCAUUCCCGAACGCCCACAGGGAUCUUCAUUACCAUUCAUCAAUGGGAAGGCGUGUUCUUCUGCGUCACAUUUCU